AUGCCAUACAAUGUACAAGGUUCGCUUUGUAGUGAUGUAUCCUCUCUGUCCCCUUUCCCUCCUCUUUCCUCCCAACCCCACCUCCCCUCCUAUCCCCACUUCCCCCUCCCCCCCCCUCCCUCACCCCCUUUUCCCCCACCAGGCAUGCCAAUGCAUCACUUCAUCUUCAUGCGCCCGCCCCCGGGAGCCCCAAUGCACCACUUCCGCCCGCCCCCCGGCGCCUCCCCCCUCCCCUUCCCCUUCCCCGGCAUGCCCCGCGCGCCCAGCCCCUUCCCCCACGCCCUGGCGCGUCCGCCCUCCCUUCCUCCGCCCAACAUGCGCCUCCCCACGCCCCCGCAUGGGGGAAGCGCGCCUCUGAGCUCGUUCCUGGCGGCUGCUGCGUCGAGGGGAGGGGCGGGCGCGGGGGGGACGGGGGGAGCGGGGGGGGAGAAGGCGCAGACGACUGUGUAUGUGGGGAAACUUGCGCCCUCUGUGGACGAUACGUUGGUGGUGAAGCUGCUGGAGCUGUGCGGGCCGUUGAGGAGCUGGAAGCGGGCGUCGGACCCCACGAGCGGCAGUCCCAAGGGGUUUGGGUUCUGCGAGUUUGAGACGGCUGAUGGGGUGCUGCGCGCCCUGCGCCUGCUCAACCGCCGCGAGAUCGACGGCCAGAACCUGCUGCUGAACGUAAAUGCCGCCACCAGGGAGUACCUAGAGCGCGUGGUAACUUCCAGGAAAGCCUCCUUUGCCGCCCUCGAAGCUUCCAGGAAAGGGGUGGCGGACCAGGGCAGGAAGGCAGGGGAGGGAGAGGGCGAAGGGGAUAAGGCGAAUGGGAAGGACGAGAAGAGUGAAGAGGCUGAUGGGGAAAAGGCAGGGGAAGAGGGAGGGGAGGCGAAAGAUGAGAGAGGAAGGAAAGAGGAUGGGAAGGAAGGGAGCAAGGGAGAGGGCAAGGAUGAGAAGGAGGAGAAGGAGGGAGAGGGCAAGGAGGAGGAUGAGGAGGAGAGGAGGAAGGAGGAGGAGGCGAGGGUGUUUGGGCUGGUGACGCCUGACGAUAAGGACAAGGAUGAGGCUGCUCUGGCGAAGCUCAAUGGCAUGCUGCAGGAGAGGGCGAAGCUGCUGCCACCGCCACCCCCACCGCCUCUCAAGGACAGCAGCAAGGAGAACGACGUGUCUGUUGCUGAAUCAAGCGAACGAGAAGGUGAUGGGCACAGGCGGGAGGGCAGAAAGAGAGAGAGGGAAGAUGCUGAUUCUGACGAUGAUGCUGGGCACGAGCGGUCCCGGCACAGGGACAGGGACAGGGAGAGGGACAGGGAGAGAGACAGAGACAGGGAGAGAGACAGGGGUGAUGAACACGAUAGAGAGAAGGAGAGGGAUGGGGAGAGGGAGCGGGAGAAACCCAGAGAGCAUAAGAGUGCUAAGGAGUGGGAGAAGGAGAGGGAGCAGCGGGAGAAGGAGUGGGAGGAGAGGGGCAAGGAGAGGGAGUAUGAGCGACUGGAGAAGAGGAGGGAGAGGGAGAGGGGCCGCAGGGAGCGAGAUAGAGAGAUGAACAUACGAGAGCUUGAUCGGCUGAGUGAUCAGAGGGAGAGAGAGAUGGAGAACAAGGAGAAGGAGAAGGACCGGGCUAAGGCGUAUGAGAGGGAGCGAGAGCGGGAGGCGGAGAGGGAGAGGCGGGCGCUGAUUCGGCAGCAGGAGGAGGAGGAUAGUGAGGAGGAGAGGAUUUAUAGGAGGGUGAGGGAUGGGUAUUGGGAGGAGAGGAGGCGGGUGCGGGCGAGGGAGGAGGAGGAGGAUGCGAAGGACAGGGAGAAGGAGGAGAGGGAGAGGAAGGAGGCGAAGGAGAGGGAGGAGCAGCAGAGGAGGGAAGCAGUGGCGUUUGUGAGUGAGGCGGUGGGGGAGGCGAGUGUGCUGCUGGUGGGGCACAUGGGUGCAGGAGCCGGUCUGGAAGCAGCAGCAGGGGAUACGGGUGAAGGUGGGGUGGGAGGUGCCCACGGAAUUGGAGGAGGAGAUGGGUUGAUCACGAGCGAAGCGACCAAUGGGUUCGCUUCAGCAGCAGCAGAGGAUACGGAACCAGCAGCAGUACCUGCCACUGCUGCUGCUCCUGCUGCUGCGCCGGCAUCACCACCAGCGCCUGUCCCCCCGCCCCUCCCCGAAGUGAAGAUCUCUCUACCCAGUCUAGCGGACCUCCUGCCGUCCCUCCACCCGCCCUCUGCCGCCGCUGCUGGGUCCCCUGGGGGGGGGGCGGCAGGGCAGGUGGCGGGAGGCGAGGGAGCAGGGGGGUCGCGGCAGGGAGGGAGGGGCAGAGAGUCGGAGGUGGAUGCGCUGGUGCGAGCUGUGGCUGCUCAUGCCAAGGACAGGGAGGGGCGCGCAGGGGGUUCGCAGCAGGGAGGGAGGGGCAGGGAGUCGGAGGUGGCAGCGCUGGUGCGAGCCGUGGCUGCCCAUGCCAAGGACAGAGAGGGGCGUGCAGCGCCAGCACCGUCCAAAAAGUCGCGCACACUGGCAUCUGUGUUCGGCGCGGAGGAGGACGAGGAGGAGCUGGCGCGCAAGAAACUGCGGCCCCUCGUUCCCAUCGACUAUGACGACGGUGGCAGUGAUGCUGCUGGCGCUGCUGUCGCUGCUGCCGGUGCUGGUGCUGGUGGGCACAGGGGUUCCCCUUCACCUUCCCGGGCUGCAGCGAGUGGUGGUGCGGGUGGAGGCCUGGCGGCCAGCAUUGCUGCGGCGGCUGAGUUUGCCAAGCGGCUGUCUCAGGGAGGCGGGGCAGGCAAGGACGAGGAGAGGAGGAGGAGCGGAGGGGGAGAUGCGGGUGCGGGUGGGGGAGAGAAGGAGAAGGCGAAGCCCAAGGCGGUGGUGGAUGUGAAGUCGCUGAUCGACUCCAUCCCCAAGAGCAAGGACGAUCUCUUUGCCGUUCCCAUCAACUGGACCGUCUAUGAUGAGGCUGUGCCAAGAGGAGGCCGUGCCGAAGUUGACUUCAAUUGUCCUCCAUUUCUCUCGCUCACCAUCCCCGCUCACCGUCAUCGCUCAGACUGCACAGCAACAGCACAGGCAACCUUGGGGACCUCAGCACGCAUCCUCUUCCAGCCCACCCAGCCACACUUUCCUCUUCAAUGGAGGACAAUUGAAGUCACAUGUGUCCCUCUUCUUCACAUGUGUUCCUCUUCUUCACAUGUGUUCCUCUUCUUCACAUGUGUCCCUCUUCUUCACAUGUGUCCCUCUUCUUCACAUGUGUCCCUCUUCUUCACAUGUGUCCCUCUUCUUCACAUGUGUCCCUCUUCUUCACAUGUGUCCCUCUUCUUCACAUGUGUCCCUCUUCUUCACAUGUGUCCCUCUUCUUCACAUGUGUCCCUCUUCUUCACAUGUGUCCCUCUUCUUCACAUGUGUCCCUCUUCUUCACAUGUGUCCCUCUUCUUCACAUGUGUCCCUCUUCUUCACAUGUGUCCCUCUUCUUCACAUGUGUCCCUCUUCUUCACAUGUGUCCCUCUUCUUCACAUGUGUCCCUCUUCUUCACAUGUGUCCCUCUUCUUCACAUGUGUCCCUCUUCUUCACAUGUGUUCCUCUUCUUCACAUGUGUUCCUCUUCUUCACAUGUGUUCCUCUUCUUCACAUGUGUUCCUCUUCUUCACAUGUGUUCCUCUUCUUCACAUGUGUUCCUCUUCUUCACAUGUGUUCCUCUUCUUCACAUGUGUCCCUCUUCUUCACAUGUGUCCCUCUUCUUCACAUGUGUCCCUCUUCUUCACAUGUGUCCCUCUUCUUCACAUGUGUCCCUCUUCUUCACAUGUGUCCCUCUUCUUCACAUGUGUCCCUCUUCUUCACAUGUGUCCCUCUUCUUCACAUGUGUCCCUCUUCUUCACAUGUGUCCCUCUUCUUCACAUGUGUCCCUCUUCUUCACAUGUGUCCCUCUUCUUCACAUGUGUCCCUCUUCUUCACAUGUGUCCCUCUUCUUCACAUGUGUCCCUCUUCUUCACAUGUGUUCCCUCUUCUUCACAUGUGUCCCUCUUCUUCACAUGUGUCCCUCUUCUUCACAUGUGUUCCUCUUCUUCACAUGUGUUCCUCUUCUUCACAUGUGUUCCUCUUCUUCACAUGUGUUCCUCUUCUUCACAUGUGUUCCUCUUCUUCACAUGUGUUCCUCUUCUUCACAUGUGUUCCCUCUUCUUCACAUGUGUCCCUCUUCUUCACAUGUGUCCCUCUUCUUCACAUGUGUCCCUCUUCUUCACAUGUGUCCCUCUUCUUCACAUGUGUCCCUCUUCUUCACAUGUGUCCCUCUUCUUCACAUGUGUCCCUCUUCUUCACAUGUGUCCCUCUUCUUCACAUGUGUCCCUCUUCUUCACAUGUGUCCCUCUUCUUCACAUGUGUCCCUCUUCUUCACAUGUGUCCCUCUUCUUCACAUGUGUCCCUCUUCUUCACAUGUGUCCCUCUUCUUCACAUGUGUCCCUCUUCUUCACAUGUGUCCCUCUUCUUCACAUGUGUCCCUCUUCUUCACAUGUGUCCCUCUUCUUCACAUGUGUCCCUCUUCUUCACAUGUGUCCCUCUUCUUCACAUGUGUCCCUCUUCUUCACAUGUGUCCCUCUUCUUCACAUGUGUCCCUCUUCUUCACAUGUGUCCCUCUUCUUCACAUGUGUCCCUCUUCUUCACAUGUGUCCCUCUUCUUCACAUGUGUCCCUCUUCUUCACAUGUGUCCCUCUUCUUCACAUGUGUCCCUCUUCUUCACAUGUGUCCCUCUUCUUCACAUGUGUCCCUCUUCUUCACAUGUGUCCCUCUUCUUCACAUGUGUCCCUCUUCUUCACAUGUGUUCCUCUUCUUCACAUGUGUUCCUCUUCUUCACAUGUGUUCCUCUUCUUCACAUGUGUUCCUCUUCUUCACAUGUGUCCCUCUUCUUCACAUGUGUCCCUCUUCUUCACAUGUGUCCCUCUUCUUCACAUGUGUCCCUCUUCUUCACAUGUGUUCCUCUUCUUCACAUGUGUCCCUCUUCUUCACAUGUGUCCCUCUUCUUCACAUGUGUCCCUCUUCUUCACAUGUGUCCCUCUUCUUCACAUGUGUCCCUCUUCUUCACAUGUGUCCCUCUUCUUCACAUGUGUCCCUCUUCUUCACAUGUGUCCCUCUUCUUCACAUGUGUCCCUCUUCUUCACAUGUGUCCCUCUUCUUCACAUGUGUCCCUCUUCUUCACAUGUGUCCCUCUUCUUCACAUGUGUCCCUCUUCUUCACAUGUGUCCCUCUUCUUCACAUGUGUCCCUCUUCUUCACAUGUGUCCCUCUUCUUCACAUGUGUUCCUCUUCUUCACAUGUGUUCCUCUUCUUCACAUGUGUUCCUCUUCUUCACAUGUGUUCCUCUUCUUCACAUGUGUUCCUCUUCUUCACAUGUGUUCCUCUUCUUCACAUGUGUUCCUCUUCUUCACAUGUGUUCCUCUUCUUCACAUGUGUCCCUCUUCUUCACAUGUGUCCCUCUUCUUCACAUGUGUCCCUCUUCUUCACAUGUGUUCCUCUUCUUCACAUGUGUUCCUCUUCUUCACAUGUGUCCCUCUUCUUCACAUGUGUCCCUCUUCCUCACAUGUAUCCCUCUUCUUCACAUGUGUCCCUCUUCUUCACAUGUGUCCCUCUUCUUCACAUGUGUCCCUCUUCUUCACAUGUGUCCCUCUUCUUCACAUGUGUCCCUCUUCUUCACAUGUGUUCCUCUUCUUCACAUGUGUUCCUCUUCUUCACAUGUGUUCCUCUUCUUCACAUGUGUUCCUCUUCUUCACAUGUGUUCCUCUUCUUCACAUGUGUUCCUCUUCUUCACAUGUGUUCCCUCUUCUUCACAUGUGUCCCUCUUCUUCACAUGUGUUCCCUCUUCUUCACAUGUGUUCCUCUUCUUCACAUGUGUUCCUCUUCUUCACAUGUGUUCCUCUUCUUCACAUGUGUUCCUCUUCUUCACAUGUGUCCCUCUUCUUCACAUGUGUCCCUCUUCUUCACAUGUGUCCCUCUUCUUCACAUGUGUCCCUCUUCUUCACAUGUGUCCCUCUUCUUCACAUGUGUCCCUCUUCUUCACAUGUGUCCCUCUUCUUCACAUGUGUCCCUCUUCUUCACAUGUGUCCCUCUUCUUCACAUGUGUCCCUCUUCUUCACAUGUGUCCCUCUUCUUCACAUGUGUCCCUCUUCUUCACAUGUGUCCCUCUUCUUCACAUGUGUCCCUCUUCUUCACAUGUGUCCCUCUUCUUCACAUGUGUUCCUCUUCUUCACAUGUGUUCCUCUUCUUCACAUGUGUCCCUCUUCUUCACAUGUGUCCCUCUUCUUCACAUGUGUCCCUCUUCUUCACAUGUGUCCCUCUUCUUCACAUGUGUCCCUCUUCUUCACAUGUGUCCCUCUUCUUCACAUGUGUCCCUCUUCUUCACAUGUGUCCCUCUUCUUCACAUGUGUCCCUCUUCUUCACAUGUGUCCCUCUUCUUCACAUGUGUCCCUCUUCUUCACAUGUGUCCCUCUUCUUCACAUGUGUCCCUCUUCUUCACAUGUGUCCCUCUUCUUCACAUGUGUCCCUCUUCUUCACAUGUGUCCCUCUUCUUCACAUGUGUCCUUCUUCUUCACAUGUGUCCCUCUUCUUCACAUGUGUCCCUCUUCUUCACAUGUGUCCCUCUUCUUCACAUGUGUCCCUCUUCUUCACAUGUGUCCCUCUUCUUCACAUGUGUCCCUCUUCUUCACAUGUGUUCCUCUUCUUCACAUGUGUUCCUCUUCUUCACAUGUGUCCCUCUUCUUCACAUGUGUCCCUCUUCUUCACAUGUGUUCCUCUUCUUCACAUGUGUUCCUCUUCUUCACAUGUGUUCCUCUUCUUCACAUGUGUUCCUCUUCUUCACAUGUGUCCCUCUUCUUCACAUGUGUCCCUCUUCUUCACAUGUGUCCCUCUUCUUCACAUGUGUCCCUCUUCUUCACAUGUGUCCCUCUUCUUCACAUGUGUCCCUCUUCUUCACAUGUGUCCCUCUUCUUCACAUGUGUCCCUCUUCUUCACAUGUGUCCCUCUUCUUCACAUGUGUCCCUCUUCUUCACAUGUGUCCCUCUUCUUCACAUGUGUCCCUCUUCUUCACAUGUGUCCCUCUUCUUCACAUGUGUCCCUCUUCUUCACAUGUGUCCCUCUUCUUCACAUGUGUCCCUCUUCUUCACAUGUGUCCCUCUUCUUCACAUGUGUCCCUCUUCUUCACAUGUGUCCCUCUUCUUCACAUGUGUUCCUCUUCUUCACAUGUGUUCCUCUUCUUCACAUGUGUCCCUCUUCUUCACAUGUGUCCCUCUUCUUCACAUGUGUUCCUCUUCUUCACAUGUGUUCCUCUUCUUCACAUGUGUUCCUCUUCUUCACAUGUGUUCCUCUUCUUCACAUGUGUUCCCUCUUCUUCACAUGUGUCCCUCUUCUUCACAUGUGUCCCUCUUCUUCACAUGUGUCCCUCUUCUUCACAUGUGUCCCUCUUCUUCACAUGUGUCCCUCUUCUUCACAUGUGUCCCUCUUCUUCACAUGUGUCCCUCUUCUUCACAUGUGUCCCUCUUCUUCACAUGUGUCCCUCUUCUUCACAUGUGUCCCUCUUCUUCACAUGUGUCCCUCUUCUUCACAUGUGUCCCUCUUCUUCACAUGUGUCCCUCUUCUUCACAUGUGUCCCUCUUCUUCACAUGUGUCCCUCUUCUUCACAUGUGUCCCUCUUCUUCACAUGUGUCCCUCUUCUUCACAUGUGUCCCUCUUCUUCACAUGUGUCCCUCUUCUUCACAUGUGUCCCUCUUCUUCACAUGUGUCCCUCUUCUUCACAUGUGUCCCUCUUCUUCACAUGUGUCCCUCUUCUUCACAUGUGUCCCUCUUCUUCACAUGUGUCCCUCUUCUUCACAUGUGUCCCUCUUCUUCACAUGUGUCCCUCUUCUUCACAUGUGUUCCUCUUCUUCACAUGUGUUCCCUCUUCUUCACAUGUGUCCCUCUUCUUCACAUGUGUCCCUCUUCUUCACAUGUGUUCCUCUUCUUCACAUGUGUUCCUCUUCUUCACAUGUGUUCCUCUUCUUCACAUGUGUUCCUCUUCUUCACAUGUGUUCCUCUUCUUCACAUGUGUCCCUCUUCUUCACAUGUGUCCCUCUUCUUCACAUGUGUCCCUCUUCUUCACAUGUGUCCCUCUUCUUCACAUGUGUCCCUCUUCUUCACAUGUGUCCCUCUUCUUCACAUGUGUCCCUCUUCUUCACAUGUGUCCCUCUUCUUCACAUGUGUCCCUCUUCUUCACAUGUGUCCCUCUUCUUCACAUGUGUCCCUCUUCUUCACAUGUGUCCCUCUUCUUCACAUGUGUCCCUCUUCUUCACAUGUGUCCCUCUUCUUCACAUGUGUCCCUCUUCUUCACAUGUGUCCCUCUUCUUCACAUGUGUCCUCUUCUUCACAUGUGUCCCUCUUCUUCACAUGUGUCCCUCUUCUUCACAUGUGUUCCUCUUCUUCACAUGUGUUCCUCUUCUUCACAUGUGUUCCUCUUCUUCACAUGUGUUCCUCUUCUUCACAUGUGUUCCUCUUCUUCACAUGUGUUCCUCUUCUUCACAUGUGUUCCUCUUCUUCACAUGUGUCCUCUUCUUCACAUGUGUCCCUCUUCUUCACAUGUGUUCCUCUUCUUCACAUGUGUUCCUCUUCUUCACAUGUGUUCCUCUUCUUCACAUGUGUUCCUCUUCUUCACAUAUGUUCCUCUUCUUCACAUGUGUCCCUCUUCUUCACAUGUGUCCCUCUUCUUCACAUGUGUCCCUCUUCUUCACAUGUGUCCCUCUUCUUCACAUGUGUCCCUCUUCUUCACAUGUGUCCCUCUUCUUCACAUGUGUCCCUCUUCUUCACAUGUGUCCCUCUUCUUCACAUGUGUCCCUCUUCUUCACAUGUGUCCCUCUUCUUCACAUGUGUCCCUCUUCUUCACAUGUGUCCCUCUUCUUCACAUGUGUCCCUCUUCUUCACAUGUGUCCCUCUUCUUCACAUGUGUCCCUCUUCUUCACAUGUGUCCCUCUUCUUCACAUGUGUCCCUCUUCUUCACAUGUGUUCCUCUUCUUCACAUGUGUUCCUCUUCUUCACAUGUGUUCCUCUUCUUCACAUGUGUUCCUCUUCUUCACAUGUGUUCCUCUUCUUCACAUGUGUCCCUCUUCUUCACAUGUGUCCCUCUUCUUCACAUGUGUCCCUCUUCUUCACAUGUGUCCCUCUUCUUCACAUGUGUUCCUCUUCUUCACAUGUGUCCCUCUUCUUCACAUGUGUCCCUCUUCUUCACAUGUGUCCCUCUUCUUCACAUGUGUCCCUCUUCUUCACAUGUGUCCCUCUUCUUCACAUGUGUCCCUCUUCUUCACAUGUGUCCCUCUUCUUCACAUGUGUCCCUCUUCUUCACAUGUGUCCCUCUUCUUCACAUGUGUCCCUCUUCUUCACAUGUGUCCCUCUUCUUCACAUGUGUCCCUCUUCUUCACAUGUGUCCCUCUUCUUCACAUGUGUCCCUCUUCUUCACAUGUGUCCCUCUUCUUCACAUGUGUCCCUCUUCUUCACAUGUGUUCCUCUUCUUCACAUGUGUUCCUCUUCUUCACAUGUGUUCCUCUUCUUCACAUGUGUUCCUCUUCUUCACAUGUGUUCCUCUUCUUCACAUGUGUUCCUCUUCUUCACAUGUGUUCCUCUUCUUCACAUGUGUUCCUCUUCUUCACAUGUGUCCCUCUUCUUCACAUGUGUCCCUCUUCUUCACAUGUGUCCCUCUUCUUCACAUGUGUUCCUCUUCUUCACAUGUGUUCCUCUUCUUCACAUGUGUCCCUCUUCUUCACAUGUGUCCCUCUUCCUCACAUGUAUCCCUCUUCUUCACAUGUGUCCCUCUUCUUCACAUGUGUCCCUCUUCUUCACAUGUGUCCCUCUUCUUCACAUGUGUCCCUCUUCUUCACAUGUGUUCCUCUUCUUCACAUGUGUUCCUCUUCUUCACAUGUGUUCCUCUUCUUCACAUGUGUUCCUCUUCUUCACAUGUGUUCCUCUUCUUCACAUGUGUUCCUCUUCUUCACAUGUGUUCCUCUUCUUCACAUGUGUCCCUCUUCUUCACAUGUGUCCCUCUUCUUCACAUGUGUUCCUCUUCUUCACAUGUGUUCCUCUUCUUCACAUGUGUUCCUCUUCUUCACAUGUGUUCCUCUUCUUCACAUGUGUUCCUCUUCUUCACAUGUGUCCCUCUUCUUCACAUGUGUCCCUCUUCUUCACAUGUGUCCCUCUUCUUCACAUGUGUCCCUCUUCUUCACAUGUGUCCCUCUUCUUCACAUGUGUCCCUCUUCUUCACAUGUGUCCCUCUUCUUCACAUGUGUCCCUCUUCUUCACAUGUGUCCCUCUUCUUCACAUGUGUCCCUCUUCUUCACAUGUGUCCCUCUUCUUCACAUGUGUCCCUCUUCUUCACAUGUGUCCCUCUUCUUCACAUGUGUCCCUCUUCUUCACAUGUGUUCCUCUUCUUCACAUGUGUUCCUCUUCUUCACAUGUGUUCCUCUUCUUCACAUGUGUUCCUCUUCUUCACAUGUGUCCCUCUUCUUCACAUGUGUCCCUCUUCUUCACAUGUGUCCCUCUUCUUCACAUGUGUCCCUCUUCUUCACAUGUGUCCCUCUUCUUCACAUGUGUCCCUCUUCUUCACAUGUGUCCCUCUUCUUCACAUGUGUCCCUCUUCUUCACAUGUGUCCCUCUUCUUCACAUGUGUCCCUCUUCUUCACAUGUGUCCCUCUUCUUCACAUGUGUCCCUCUUCUUCACAUGUGUCCCUCUUCUUCACAUGUGUCCCUCUUCUUCACAUGUGUCCCUCUUCUUCACAUGUGUCCCUCUUCUUCACAUGUGUCCCUCUUCUUCACAUGUGUCCCUCUUCUUCACAUGUGUCCCUCUUCUUCACAUGUGUCCCUCUUCUUCACAUGUGUCCCUCUUCUUCACAUGUGUCCCUCUUCUUCACAUGUGUUCCUCUUCUUCACAUGUGUUCCUCUUCUUCACAUGUGUUCCUCUUCUUCACAUGUGUUCCUCUUCUUCACAUGUGUUCCUCUUCUUCACAUGUGUUCCUCUUCUUCACAUGUGUUCCUCUUCUUCACAUGUGUUCCUCUUCUUCACAUGUGUCCCUCUUCUUCACAUGUGUCCCUCUUCUUCACAUGUGUCCCUCUUCUUCACAUGUGUUCCUCUUCUUCACAUGUGUUCCUCUUCUUCACAUGUGUCCCUCUUCUUCACAUGUGUCCCUCUUCUUCACAUGUGUCCCUCUUCUUCACAUGUGUCCCUCUUCUUCACAUGUGUCCCUCUUCUUCACAUGUGUCCCUCUUCUUCACAUGUGUCCCUCUUCUUCACAUGUGUUCCUCUUCUUCACAUGUGUUCCUCUUCUUCACAUGUGUUCCUCUUCUUCACAUGUGUUCCUCUUCUUCACAUGUGUUCCUCUUCUUCACAUGUGUUCCUCUUCUUCACAUGUGUUCCUCUUCUUCACAUGUGUUCCUCUUCUUCACAUGUGUUCCUCUUCUUCACAUGUGUCCCUCUUCUUCACAUGUGUCCCUCUUCUUCACAUGUGUUCCUCUUCUUCACAUGUGUCCCUCUUCUUCACAUGUGUCCCUCUUCUUCACAUGUGUCCCUCUUCUUCACAUGUGUCCCUCUUCUUCACAUGUGUCCCUCUUCUUCACAUGUGUCCCUCUUCUUCACAUGUGUCCCUCUUCUUCACAUGUGUCCCUCUUCUUCACAUGUGUCCCUCUUCUUCACAUGUGUCCCUCUUCUUCACAUGUGUCCCUCUUCUUCACAUGUGUCCCUCUUCUUCACAUGUGUCCCUCUUCUUCACAUGUGUCCCUCUUCUUCACAUGUGUCCCUCUUCUUCACAUGUGUUCCUCUUCUUCACAUGUGUCCCUCAUCUUCACAUGUGUCCCUCUUCUUCACAUGUGUCCCUCUUCUUCACAUGUGUCCCUCUUCUUCACAUGUGUCUGAUAGAAUUCAAGAGUAUGAUUAG